UUAAAAUGGCGGGCAGAUUUGAAGAAACGAAAUAGUAGUAAACAAUCCAUAAAGCCAUGGUUUUGGCGACGUGAUUCAAAAUGAUACUUUUAUGAUUGGCGUUGAGAAGCAAACUACAUUGGAAGAUGGAAAUCUAAGGUUACAUUUGAAAUAUUUAGUGAAGAUAUGAAGCCUUCAACGUCAACUAGUCUAAGAACUCGACCGACAGCACAACAAAGGGAAUUGCUCUCUUUUACGAACGCUGCAGUCCAAGCUCUUACAGAACCAACAACUAAAGACAAUCAAGUAAAAUCAGUUAGUUUGCCAUCGAAAGAAAUCUCAGUUGAUCGUCAAAAUGGAUCGUCCUCCGAGCUGUCUUUCAACACCAGUGGAAAUGAUUCAAGCUCAUUUAGUGAUAAGCGAGCUGUUCUUAAACUUGGUACAGAUUCAAAUUCUUCAUCGAGUGUUACAGGAAACAGGGAUGUAGACAAAAUGGACUUGUCGUCGUUAGAUAGCUCAUUCAAUACAAGUACAGCAGUUAGGGUAAGAGUUCCUUCAAGUUUGCUACGGGAGAUCAAGGCUCCUGUAAAUAGAAGUAUCGAUGGCAGUGGAGGUAAUUCCUUUGCAGACACACAACCAACACCAAAAAUAGUUCGCCAUGUCAAUGGUCCAUCAGCUUGGGUUUCCAUGUCAACCAGUAGUCCACUUCACCUUCCUGAACAUUCAGUAUCAUCACAAAGGGAACCCACCUCUACUACUACAGUAUAUGCGCAUGAGAUCCUACAGGCUAAUGAUGUAGAUAAGGGAUGGAAGCAAUCUCAAAAGCAUAAAUCCCAUUUGCAAUCCAGAGAAGUUGUAAAUGAACAGGUCAGUCAAGAAAAACAAGAGGAGCAAGUGAAAUCCAUUUCUGAUUGGAGGAAGGGUCAUGAUGGUAUUGGUUUAAGCCAAGGUGACCGUGUUACAGGGAUUCUUUUUGGUAAUACUGGAAGAUCAGAUUCAGUUCAAGCAAAGUCAUUUACUUUAAGUCAAAGAGAGAGACUCCUAAAGGAAGAAUUCACGAAAAGACAGGACAGAAAAAGUGCCCCAAUCAAACGCUCAGUUCAGCCAACAAUAAUAACUUCCAAGCAGGCACAAAAACCAGAUAAAGAAGAAUUCAAGAUUGCUGAAGCUCCCUUGGAAAGCCAAGUUGCCAGUGCAGCUGCUAUUGCUGCUGCAGCYGCCUCUGCUGCAACUGCUCCCUUCUUGCAAGUUGAUGCAAGGCUGAGAAAAUUAGAGGAGCUCCAACAGCAGCUCCUGAGUGCACAGGAAUCCCAAAUGAAAAAAAGACCAGUCAAUCCCUACUCUGKUCCUUCCUCUGGUAAUGACCAUGUUAACGUYCAUUAUGGACCCUCUACUGGUGUARCAUCACCUGUAAAUACAAAACCAAAUUAUCCUCAAGUAGUCACAUCRGACUAUCCAAAAUAUUCACUGCCAACUGACAGGCACCCAAGUACUGCUAUACCACAGGCUGCCCAGCCUUCAUUCAUGCAUCAACUAGUACAGGAACAUCCAUUUGUCUCUCCUCCAUCUCAAAGCCAGCAUACUCAACCACAAAGAUCAAUAAAUCAAGAUGUAAACCAGACAAGACAUUUCUUGCAAGCAGGCAUGCAGCAGCAGCAACCUGCUAAAGAUAACGGCUCUCAACAAGCAUUUAAACAUCAAACCACUACACCCUACAAUGGCUAUCCUUCAUCUUCAAAUAAAAUACAGCCAUCAAAGAUGCAGGAAAUGGUAAACUCUCAUCCAACAGCAACACAAACUGAAACCGUCUACACUCAGACUGUCCCACAGACAUAUGUCCCAGCAAAACAGCUACCUCAACAUGAAUUAUCAAGAAAGCCUUUGAAAAACACCAAGACACAGACAACACCCCAGGACUCCUCUUUGUCCUCCAGCGAUUCUCCACUCCAGACCCCACUUCCUCGUAAGAAACCACCAAGACCAACGCCACACUCUACMAGUAAAGGAAUUAAGUAUUUAGACUUAACAUCUAAGAAAAAGAGAGUACAUUUUGAUUAUGCAGACAAGAUUGAUCCUCUAUUGUCAUACAGUAAAUAUGAACCCAUUGAUUAUAGUGAGAAAUCAAGAUAUGGAAGAACUGGUCCCACACAACACGUGACUGCUGCAUCUUUAACGGCUCCAUUAAGAACUGCCAUUCUGUCCAGAGACAAAGUAGCUCCAACUUCAGAAACAGGCAUAGAACAAGUAAUGGAUGAACUUGGCAGAAUGAGAAGUGAUAUCAGAACUGUUCUUACUGAAACAGAGAAAAUGAAAAGUGGCCUYAAACAUCAAAAGAUUUCUCAAGAGCUAGACCAGAAGUUUUCACACUAUGACCGCGAAGCUUCACUCUUAGAUGCAUAUCUUACAAAGAAAGAUGAAAAACCACCCAUUGAUCAAGUGAAAUCCCUUAGAUUAACAACACCAGUUGUUGAUCAUUGUGCCGAUGUUAAACAAGUCUUAAGAGAUGUUGAAAUUCARCGAAACAACCUUGAACACAACCUUGAUGCCAUYGUGAGGCARAAUGAGGCAGAAACCUUGUAUGCAACUGUGGAUAGUUUGAUACAAGGUGCACAAGGCACUGAAGUUAGUCGUAUUGACAAGAUGAUCAAGGAAAUGACAACUGUAAUCAAGAAUGAAAUUGAUAACGAGGAGCAAAAAUCCAAAGCAAAAUCUGAAACUCAAAUCAACCCAGAGACAUCAAGUGCAAAGUCUAAAGGCAAAUUUCAACCUGGUAGAAAAGUUCCAGGAAAACCAUAUACAUUUACUGGAMGACAAGGCAGAGUUGGUUCAGGAAAAGAGAAUGUACCAAACAAUAGCAAAGACAAGAAGCAUAAGGUCACACAGCCAGUAGUAACUACUAAGGCAUCAUCAAAACCUGUUUCUAAGCCUGUUUCAAAACCCAUUUCCAAGCCUGUUUCUACCAGUGCAAAUCAGACUUACCUUAAAAGUAUUUAUGGCCGUCAGCCUCAUCAUACUCAUCGCACAACCUCAAAGGCACCAUACCUUCAUUACCAGUCUCCUGUCAAUCCAAGAACAGCUGCUCUGACAGCUGCAAUUCUGGGAACUGGAAGCCGACACCCCGCUCAUCCAAGUAGGCCUGAACCAAUAAGAGAGAAGAYYGARAAGCCAAGCAAAGAUGMCUGGUACUAUUUUCACCCUGCUAUAGACAGGUCACAAGUGAUUCCAUCAGGGGAUGGCAGAGUUCAUGUGCAUGCCCCUUUAGAAGGUAGAAAGAUGCCCAUGGCUAUCCCACUUGGGAAACCUAGGACUGAUCCUUCAUUGAGGCUGCCUUUGCCAACAGACAAACCUUUAAUAGAACCAGCCAAACAAGAAGAUCCACCUACACCACCAUCUCAGUCAACACCAAUCCAGUCAUCACCAAAACGCAGUCCUACUAAGCCAAAUGUGGCAGUGAUAACCAUCCAACAUAAAGGACCUGAGGCUGAGUCUUCAAAAAAGAUGAGAAAAACAGGAAAAAUGGCUAAAAAGCAACCAGAACUUGCUGUGCAGGUUCUACCACAGAUGGAUGUUGAUAGUUUAACAGAGUCGAGUGAAGGGACUUCCCUUUAUGAAUCACAUAUUUUGGAUGAGUCAAAACCUGUUACACGUCCUGCUGAUAUUGAAUACGAAGACUUCAGGAAUUAUCUUGCUGUUAAGGACACUCAGCCAGAGCAAGAGGAUGAAGAUGAUGAUGACACUCCUAGRAUACCWACCCCUGAAAACCCCCUUACAAUUCAGGGACAUACAGAAAAAGACCGUCUUUAUCAUGGACCCCCUUUCCCACCAGAACAUCCACCAUUACCAGACAUCAAAGCUUCUUGUGUCUUAGAUACUGAUAACMGAGUAAGCGAUGCACUAGAAGACAGGGCAUUGGACUGGGUGGAGCAAGAGCUCCUGGCACGAAUAGUCAGUGAAAUGAGUCAGCCAUUGCCUGAUCCAACACUUGCUCCGCAACCACUGUCCUCCCCUGAAAGUAGUGUUGUCUCUGAUGAUGGAGAAAUAUUAGCUGCAACUAUUGGUCUUGGAGGAAUACAGUUAUUUGUUGAUGCAGGRAUCCCUGUUGACCGUGAUCUGGUUGCUGAGUUAAUAAGAGAUGUGGUUGCAGAGCAAAUCGCUUCCACCCUUGGAUAUCCUAAGCCGACAGCAACACCAAAAGCACCACAAGUUGAUGUCCAGCCAAGUCCUCAGACACCAGAGCAAGCAGYUUCGCCUGUGACCACUCCUGUCCCUACCCCUGUAUAUACUCCAGUUGAAUCAGAAUCCAGUGCUGCUCACUCRCUCAAUGUGUCUACACCAGACCCCACMCCUACCCCCUCAGAAUCAAGUGUCAYUAUGGAAACUGAAGAGGAGCCAACACCAGUUAAGGAAGUAAAGGAAGACGAAGACGAGGAAAUGGAACCUGAGGUUUCUGCAGCACGAUCGCCAAUCCCAACACCGGUAGCAACGCCAACAAGYUCACAYAGCCCCACUGUCAGUAUCUCAACUCCAGAACCGUCAACACGAGAACCUGACAUUACUGAUGUUGGGCUUCCUGUGGAUACACCUGAACCAAGCGUAUCGCUUCGUAGUCCAAAGUCUACCACCGCAUCAACGCCAACAACAGUAGAAUCAUCAGAAGCUACAMCGCCUCCUCCGCCACCUCCUAAACUCCCYAGCCCCGUCAAGUCCAGUCCACCGUCCAUGACAACUAGUACCUUAUCCCCUAGCACUACCUCAACUUUGACUACUAUUGACGAGGAACUGUCAGAAGGACAAUUGAUUCAGCCAUAUGUGCAUGGUGGGAAGUACAGUGAAGGUGAAUACGCCAUGUCUCCGGGUCUUGUGGACUUGGUCAAAGAGAGAAACGUACCCGUCGAUACAGUGGAUGUGAUGGGCAAAGAUGAAGAUAGUCGCAAUGAGUUGAUUCGCAUCGCUCUCCAUGGUCUUCUAAGGCGUGGUCUGUACAGUACAUCAAGUCUGAACACUACCUCUACCAUAAGCACUCUAAGGGAUGCAGACGACAUCAGACAGGAUUCCAUGGACGAAUACAGUCAUAGUGAAGGCGAGGUUAUUUUUCCACGUGACCCAGUACCGGUUCGWUAUGCCGCCACAGGAUCUGYCCCUGCCGGUGCCUCGCCUCGUUCCCGAGCAAAAGCUUCGCCAGGCGAACUAACCCCGACUGCACUACGAUCAAACAGACAAUCUUCACCUGGAGAAACCAAUACGAGUGUUGGUGCUCGUCGAACCCAKCCGAGCAUCCCUAAUGGGCGGGUCAUUGCAGUAACACCAGGUAGCCCUAAGCAUCAACGACCGAAGACUCCCAAUACAAGUCGAGACAACUCGGACAGUCGAUCUUUACAUAAAUCAGACCUUCAACAUGGACAUUGGAGGCAASCGAUGAUCUCGAGCAGGGAAGGCUCACCACAAAGAUCUCCCAGAAAUGAACGUCAUCAAUCGCCAAAUAAUUCMAUCAUUGACCGUCCACCCAGUAGGGGUAGUGACCGUCAACCUGCCGGGGGUAAUGACCGUCCCCACAGCAGAGAUACUGAACAUCAACACAGUAAUGGUAGCGAUCGGCAGCAGCCAGUUUUUCGUCCACCUAUACAUGUACCUAUUCCCUCUAUGGAACCAGACAGCUCAGGUCAACUUAGUGAAGGAGUGGCUGGGUACGAUCUUGGGGAUACUUCCGGUGAUGUCUCGUCGAUAUCGGGUGGUGACUUCUGAGAACUGUCUAGUGGAAUGAAUAAAGUGCUUCUAUCUCAGUAA